UCCACCCUCCCUGCACCCGGCACAAAGAGCACAAGCACAAGCGCAACAAGCGGGGAAGCAGAGGCAUAGGUAUUGGGGGGAUGUGUUGAGCGGUGUGGAAGGAGCAUAAGUGCGCGCGUGUGGGUUUCAGAAGCAGGGAAGGUGCUGGACAUGGUGGGCAAACUAGAAGAGAUGCCCCGGCGAGCGCUACUAUUGUCCAAGCUCACGAGGUCAUCCUGCCCGUCCGCCUCCUGACACCCCGUAGCCCCUCCCUCCACAGCACCACCAUCAACGCUUCUCCACACUCAAUCGGAUGUCCUCCGGGCGGCCGCUCUUCGACUUUCUCGUCCUCUACCUCCGAGCGUUCUCCAGCGGCCACGCGCACCGCUCCGAGCUCAUCGGCGCCUUUCGCGACGUCCACCCGCUGCUCGAGCACGUCAGCAUCCAGUGUGCGGGCGCGGCAGCCGUCGCCCUCCCGCCCACAGCGCUGCCGAGGGUCAAGACAUUCGAUUUUGUCAGGAUCAACUCGACCCAGCUAUUCAUGGACACAUACUUGCUGUUGCCAAACAGCCACCGGAGUCCGCUGGAAGUGCUGAGCAUCACCGCCGGCGCAUUCAGAGAUGAUAUGCCAACGCAGCAGCUCUGCGCGCAUCGGUGCGGACUAUAGGGAUACGAGGUGGAGGACAGGCUCCCGGUGCAGAGGCGCCGCCGUGGAGCAUCCUCGCGCUCGACUUCGAUCAGAGCCUUGUACGUCUCUGCGGUCCAACCCCGUUCACCUCUGCCUCCUGUUUCUUCUCUUUCCUAAUCUGUUCCAGCUAUCAAGCCAGCGUUCACCCACCUGCAGCCAGCGCUCACCCACUUGCAGCCAGAGUUCAGCACCAUCCUCGCUCCUUCCCACUUCUGCACACGCUCCUCUUCUGCACAGACUGCUUGACAUCGACCACUGCAAGCAGAUGGAGGCGGGCGUGUCCGAGUCUGAGGAGGGUGGUCCGUGGAAGCGCUUAGAUAGCUCGGUGACUGGAGGGAGGGACAGGGCGGAGGGGUGGAGGAGAGUUGGGAGAACUGGGUCGUUGCCAGAGUGGUGCUGUGAUCUUAUUCCGGACCAACGAGCGGCAGUUUGGAGAGGGCGGGGUAGACUUUGGUCCUCGACCAUUGUGUCGUAGCCGUCCAGCAUUUAUAAAUGUC